AUGUCUUUUUCUAAUAAUAAAACAACUCAAUGUGAACAAGAUUUCGGAAUCCUUCUUCAAGCAGCAUUAAAACAUGAUACAUGGGCAUUGAAAGUACUCGAUGCCUGGGGAAAACCAUUACCAUCUAGUCUAUUAAAAGGAAAUUUAUAUUGGGUUGGUAAUUAUGAUGAAUGUAUACAACCAAUGUAUUUACCCAAUAACAAAACAUUUCUAUCGCAACCAUUUGAUACACAACAUUGCACUAUUGCACCGAAAACAUCUGCACUAAUUCCAACUCCAACGCUUUCUCUUAUUCUUGGUAUUUGUGUUCCAUCAUCAUGUAAUCGACAAGCUGUUGCUUCUUUGAUUCAUACACUAUUCAAGAAAAGUAAUAUUACAGAAGAUAAUAUUGUUUGUUCAAAUGAUCCUCCUAAUGGACAAAAAGGUCUUACUCAUGGAGCAAUUGGAACUAUUGUUAUUCUCUCAAUUUUGGGUUUACUUGUUUUGAUAGGAACAAUCAUUGAUCUUGUUCUUAUGUCGAGAGAUGAUUCAGGUGAUAAUAUGCUUUCACAUAUGAAUGGAUAUACUCAUUUCAUCAAUGCGGAGAUAUCUGAACAAGCAUCGAUAAAAUCAUCACGAUAUUCACUUCAAACAUUGAUCCCUGCUACACCUCAUACAUUAUUCUUAGCUGAAUUUUCUGCUCUAAAAACUCUUCGUCGAAUAUUUACUAUGAAACAGAAGAAUGAUGAGAAUUCAUUUGUAUUUAUCAAUGGUAUUCGAGUAUUAUCUUUAUUUUGGGUUAUUAUUGGUCAUUCAUUAGUCUUUGGUUUUUCAUUUUCAAUUAAUGUAGUAGAUGUACUUAGUUGGACUCGUAAUAUAUUUUUUCAAUUGAUUAUUAGUGGAGUUCUUAGUGUUGAUACAUUCUUUGUUCUUAGUGGUUUCUUAACAGCAGUCUUAUUUGUUCGACAAGUAGAAAAAGAAGGAAAAUUAUCGUUUCGUUUAAUGAUUCUUUAUUAUAUUCAUCGAUAUAUUCGAUUGACACCAACAUUUCUUUUGAUGAUUCUUGUAAGUAUUAAUUUAACACCAUAUUUUGGUCAUAGUCCUAUCUAUCCAAAACAAGAAGGAUUUGAAUCGACUGGUUGUCGAUCUCAAUAUUGGUGGACAUCUAUUCUUUAUGUUGGAAAUUUAGUGAAAUCAGAGAAUAUGUGUUUAGGUGUUGCAUGGUAUCUUCAUAAUGACAUGCAGUUUCAUUGGAUUGCACCAUUAUCAUUAAUUCCAUUUGUUCUGAGACGAAAAUCAUUCUCUUUUGUCAUUAUUAUUCUUCUAGUGUUGCUUGGAAGUGGAUCAAUUUUAGGUAUUCUACUUUACUAUCCUCAAAUAUCAUUGGAUGAUAUGAAUGGAUUCGCGAAUACUAAUGGUCCUAACUUCUUCGAAUAUAUCUAUAUAAAACCUUGGUGUCGUAUAUCUCCAUAUGCUGUUGGUGUAUUAAGUGGAUAUUUUGUUAUCAAUGUUGGUCGUCAAUAUCGAAUAAAUAAAUGUAUUAAACAUUUCGUAACAAUAUUAAUGAUUGUGAUUGCAUUAGUUUGUUUAUUUGUGACAUAUCCUGAUUAUAUUCUUGUAUCUGGUCUAAGUCGAUCAGAACUUGUUGCAUAUCAAACAUUAUCACGAACACUUUGGUCAAUUGUUAUUGGAUGGAUUUUGUUUUUAUGUAGUACAAAUCAAGGUGGAAUAGUCAAUAAAAUUCUUUCAUGGCCUAUUUGGUCUCCUUUUGCUAGACUUAAUUAUUCAUGUUAUCUCGUACAUGCUACUAUUAUUCUUAUAAUUUUAUUCAAUCAAACAAUGCCUUUAUAUUAUCAAGGACAUCUUGUUGUCAAUAAUUUUGUUUCACAUAUAUUUUUUAGUUAUACUGCAGCAAUUCUAGUGACUAUAUUUUUUGAAACACCUUUUUUUAUUAUUGAAAAGAAACUUUUCAAACGAUAA